AUGACAACAUCGUCGUCCGAGGAGAAUAAUAUUACCCCCGUCGCCCCGCAAGUCAACGUCGCCUCUACAGCAUCGUUGAAGGGAAUAUUCGGCAAGAAAAGUGCUUCUAAGAAGAAGUUUAAAACGACAAAUCUGAACUCGGACCGACAGAAGGCUGAGACUAAGAAAAAGGAGGAGGAUUGUAAAAGAGAGGCGGCGGCAUUGGCCCGUCGAGCAGCCCAGUUAGAACAGGAAAGGGAGGAGGCAGCAGCGAGGGGGGAGAUAGAUCUUGAUGGUGCUGAGGGAUGGUAUCGUAGUAUGCAGGUCUUUGAGAAGAAGUGCGCAGAGGCUGGGUUGAGGAUACGUGAAGUCCACAAUGAUGGUAAUUGUAUGUUCCGGUCCUUCGUGGAUCAGCUUGGUUAUGAUGCUGAUGGCCCGAAAGACUACAAGAAUGCUCGUAAAGCGGCAGUGCAGUAUAUCCGGAGAAAUGAGAGUACCUUUGAACCGUUCAUGGAACCAGGUGUCACCACGGCCGUUUAUACUCAGCGUAUGCAAAACGACAAAGUGUGGGGAGGCAACAUCGAGCUGCAGGCCUUGGCCCAGCAUUAUCGAGUCAAUGUAGUAGUGCUGCAGUUAUCACAGCAUGCUUACGAAGCCAGUGAACUGCAAAUGAUCGAGAUGAAAAAUUUCGACGAUUCCGCGCCGUGUGUAGUCCUGAGCUAUCAUGAUGGUCUACAUUACAACUCUGUACGAUUGGCUGAUGAUAAGAAGAAAAUGACAACUAAUAUACUUCACUAUGAAGACAUUCGAAAAUUGGGCCAUGAUGGAUGGAGUAUGAUAGUAACUAAUGUCGUUGAAAUGUACCUGAGCAAACCUGAUGAUUCCUCCAUCCCCGCGAUGCAUUCCUCGUCACAUAAGUUCAUCCUAAACUCCGAUCCAAUCGAAUUAAGGCAUUGGACUCCGUUGUUACUACGAGAGGAAGUUGAUCAUCAUCAUCUACGCAUUACGCUUACUUUAUCUACUGAUACUGAUCAUCUUGGGGUUGCCCUCAUGGGCUUCCAACAGUUUACACUCUCGAUUGAUGCAUUCCGGACUACCGAAGUAGAACUAUUGAAUGAAGCAGGCAUUAUAGCUACUAUAGAAAUCUGCACAGCGGUAUUCCCUCGUGAUGUUAAGUUCAUCACACCACUGGAACAAGAAGAAUCUCUGCUGGGUUCACUUUUACCAUUAGAAGACCCCCAGGUGGCGAAUAUCAUGUCAACUUUUGAGAGAUCAGCAGCGCAGGAACGGCGUAUGUCUGCUAUCGAAAUAGCAGUGGAUUUUCUAGGCGGUUUAGAGGUCGAGAUGGGAGGCGGCGCGGAAUCUUUUGCGCACAGCGAAGGUUUUGCUAUGGUGGAUGAGUUGCUUGAGGAGGAGGAGGAGGAGAAAGAUUCGGAUGUUAUCUCGAGCGAGGAGAGUAUCUUUGAAGAUGCGGAAAUUCUUGGCUGUGCGCAAGACUUCCUACCUGAGAAGCGUGUGGUUGAUCCCGAUGAUGUUCCCCAAGCUAAUGAGGAAGAUUCGAAGUUAGCCGAGGAGACGCCCCCUGAGAUAGAGCUUAAGGAUUCUCCUACGUCAAAACGAGAAGUCGUCGAUAAGUCGAUUCACGAUGACGAAUUGAAGAUCUCCUUCGCUCAACGUACAGCUAAACUGAAGAAGUUGGUGGAUAUGCGGCGGCGUCGACCCUCUGUUGGUGUUCAGGUGGGCUACCUUAUGUUGGCUCGUAGUCUCUAG